AUGUUUGAUGAAAACUGGUGUCAUUUGCCACCGAAGAUCAAGCUGGAAGUUAUCAAAGUGCUGGAUUUUCCGGCCAGACUGAAACUUCGAAUGACUGCGAGAAAUGAGAGAGACCUCGUCGAUUCGCUGGGAAUCAAUUUCAAGUCGGUGACAUUAAUUGAUGACGGAAGUCAAAAAUGGGGUGAAAUUGCGGUGGAAUAUCCGACUCAUCCAGAUGGAACAGAUGAGGAGAUUCUUUCGCCAGGUGGUAUUCUUAUCAAAAGAUUCGUAUAUGGAGUGACUCCUUUACCACUGCCUCGUUUUCUUGAGAAAACCUUACGCAUCAGCAACAAAGAGUUGUACGCAUCUGCUGUCCAUUUCCUUGCAUAUGCUCUGAAAAUUGGAAAAAUCGAUAGUCUCAUUAUUCUGGAGGGUUAUUCGCCAAAAAGAUUCAACCAAUUCCUGAAAAUUCUCGAGCAAAGCGCACCAUUCAACGUCAAGAAUCUGAUGAUUAAGAAACUGAAAAAAGACGCUGUGAUGUUUUUUAUGAAAAACUUGGCGCCAGGUCUCGAGUCGAUCUUUUUGAACGGAGAAGGUUGUAAGAGUUUUCCACUCGAUGAGUUCUUGACUUUCCCAGUGUUCUACAACUGCAAAACAAUCAGAUUCGAUUCUCUCGCCUCCGAUGAUGCCGCUUCGAAACUUGCAAAGAAGUGGAUCGAAAACGAUGCGGAAAUCGGCUCCAAACUCCAAUGUCAUGUGAUCAACAGUUCAGAUGAUUUCCUGUGGAAUUUUGUUGAGAAAUUUUACGAUCGGAUUGUGUAUGAAAACGAGGACGAAGCGAGAAUUCGGACAAACAACGAGUCGAAGCAUAUUCUUCUGAGAAUUUUCACUGUUGAGUCGCUUUACAGUCUGGACGAAUAUGUCACCUGCUCCAUCAUCCCUUCCAAUUUGGAAAAGUCUGAAUAUGGUCUCAAUAUGAAUUGGACAGUUGGAAUGGAAGCCUAUGAUCCCUUCAGUAUGUGUGGAAGCCUUUGGAGCGAGCCAGAGCCAGACACAGUGGAACUUUUUCCCGUUUCGGAAGAUACCUUGGAUGAGAUCGAAGAGAGAUUCCGCGAUAUGGGCCUUUCAAGCGGAAAAGACACUUCAGGAGAUAAAGACAAUGACUGA